AUUUCUCGGUUUUCUCCCGACUCCCCCUGUCCCCCAAAUCCCAAUAUUUCGAAACGAAGCGCAGAGAAUAGAAAAGGGGCCAAAAAAAAGCUAGGGCUUCGAGCCUUCGAGUCUCCGACGACCGCCCCCACUCUCCGAGACUCCGACGACCGCAAAUCCCCUCUCCGAGACUCCGUCGGCGACCGCAAAUCCCCUCUCCGAGAAGGCUUCGACAGUUCGACGAUCGCAAAUCCCCUCUCCGAAGACUCCGUCGACGACCGCGGACCGCCCCCACUCUCCGAGACUCCGACAGUCCGACGACCGCCCCCAGUCGCCUCCCAGAGCAAGCCCUCAACCAGUCGACGCCGAUCCCAAGCUCUCCGACGAGUGACGACGACCGCCCUGAGUCCACGACCAAGUCCUCGCCGGAAUCGACCUCCUCCUCGCCUCCCGGACUCAACAUUGAGAAGUACGUUCUUGCAAGCCAUUUGUGCGGGCCCUGCGGGGGACUAUGGGGUAAAAUUUUGAGUAUGCAAGGCAGAGGUUUCAACAAUACUGGUUGAAGAAGUUUGAUGCCCUGGAUUGCACAACGUUUUAGGCUCGACCUCGACUGGUACGCCCUCCUCCAGCUCCCUCACCCUCAUAAUUUUCGCCCAGGGCAAACAAAAUUCCUGGCUACGCCACUGUCGACGAUCUUCUCUUUCCCAAAACCACCUCACCCCUCACGAUGCCGAUCUUCUUCCUCCUCGCUACAAUAUCCACGUCCCUUGCCCUAAUCUUUGCCUCUCUCUCGACGUCGGUGAUCAUAUCGAGGAGGCGGAGGAGGAGGAGAUCCGUCGGAUUCUUCCAUCCGUACACCAACGACGGCGGCGGAGGGGAGAGGGUCCUUUGGUGCGCGGUUAGGGCAGUUCAAGAGGAGGAUCCCGAUCUCGAGGUCUCGGUUUUCACCGGAGACGAUGCCACGCCAGAGAGCUUGUCUUCUCGAGCCCUCGAUCGAUUUGGCGUCCAGCUUCUUCGCCCUCCUAUGGUUGUUCGGCUGUCCAAAAGGAAGUGGAUUGAGGAGAAGGCCUAUCCACACUUCACUAUGAUUGGACAAAGUAUGGGUUCUGUUUACCUUUCAUGGGAGGCUCUACGAAAAUUUACACCUCAAUUUUAUUUUGACACCAGUGGCUAUGCAUUUACAUAUCCACUUGCCAGGAUAUUCGGAUGCAAAGUAAUUUGCUACACUCACUAUCCUACAAUCAGCUCUGAUAUGGUAUCUCGCGUUCGACAGCGUAGUUCAAUGUAUAAUAACGAGGCUCUGAUUGCUAAAAGUAUUUGGCUAUCCCGAUGCAAGGUAAUUUAUUACACAUUCUUUAGUUGGUUGUAUGGUUUCGUGGGGUCGUAUGCACAUCUUGCAAUGGUGAAUUCUUCAUGGACAAAAUCCCAUAUUGAGAACUUAUGGAAGAUUCCUGAUCGUACUAGGAGAGUUUACCCUCCAUGUGAUACAUCAUCUCUACAGGAGCUCCCAUUGACAAGGCCAGCCGAGGUUCCUAUAUUUAUAUCUGUUGCCCAAUUUCGGCCAGAAAAGGCUCACACGCUUCAACUUGAGGCAUUUUCACUUGCUGUCCAGAGACUUGACUCUGACUUGCCUAAACCUAAGCUCCAGUUUGUUGGUAGUUGUAGAAAUAAGGAAGAUCUCGAGAGGUUGCAAAACUUAAAAGAUAAAUCUAGGGAAUUAAAUAUGGAUGAGCAUGUGGAAUUCCACAAGGAUGUAACGUACAGGGACUUGAUACGACUUCUCGGAGGUGCUAUUGCAGGCCUUCAUUCCAUGAUUGAUGAGCAUUUUGGCAUAAGUGUUGUAGAGUACAUGGCAGCUGGUGCCAUCCCAAUCGCCCAUAAUUCAGCUGGCCCCAGAAUGGAUAUAGUUCUAGGUGAAGAUGGAUGCCAAACAGGAUUUCUCGCUUCUAAUAAAGAAGAAUAUGCUGAUGCUAUCCUAAAGGUUUUAAAGAUGACAGAGGCAGAGAGGCUCACACUUGCUGCAGCUGCAAGAAAGCGAGCUCAGAGAUUUUCGGAGCAGAAAUUCUAUGAGGAUUUUAGAGCAGCAAUUCACCCGCUCAUCGCUAAUCCAACAGCUUUUAGGUGAAGAAGAGAAAAGUGUACUUCCAAAGGGUUUUCCCCUCUGCAACAAGGCAUGCUAUGGUGCAUGGCAGUUACCCUUUAAAAUCUUAUGAUCGAAAGGGUUGUGAUGCUAGUCAAGAGAUGUGCAGUGGUGGAGAUAAAACGAUGCAUGAUAAAGCGACAUGAAUUCUAAUUUACGGGGUCCUUAUUUUUGUGAGCGCACAGUGCUGAUCUUUCCCUCUUUAUUUUAUACCUGCUAGAGUGGAAAAUUGUUGAAUUCCGUAUAAAGGGUAUAUACGGUUUUUUAACUCGUGCUGAUGGUGAGGGGAAAGAAAACUGAUAUGUAGAUACUUUUUACACAAAGAGAGAGAGAUGUUACCCUCUGUUCGGGUCAUUGAGUUCGUCAAAAAAUAUAUAGCAUGAUAGUAUGAUAGUAUGUACAGAUAAGCGAAGGAGGAGCAUGUAAGUCGAAACUAUGAUUUUGAAUGGUUGCAUAUAAUUUCAA